AUGACGAAAGAGAGUCAGUCAGCAAUAAAUUAUAAGACUGCUCUCGUACUUAAAAACAAUAGCAAAACUAAUAUAAUGAUUGAAAAAAAUAAAGUUUCAUUAUUUAUUAUUACGAUAUUAUUAAUUUUAACUUGUUUAACAUCUAUUUGUGCUGGUGGGCUUCCUGAUCCUCCUAAAAGAUCGGGUUUUCACGCUUUGCCUGCGCGGUUUUUUUAUUUUAAAGAUUCUGGGGAUAUCUUAUAUCUCGAUCAAUUGGGUGAUGUAUAUAGAUCAGAAGAUGAGGGUGCUUCUUUUUCUCCAGUUACAGGAGUUCCUAGUAAAAAAGCAGCCGGUUUAGUUGAGCAUCCAUUUUCACGAACAAAGGCGUAUAUAUUAACGCUGGGAAACGAGCAUUUUAGAACAGAUGAUAGAGGUAAAACGUGGAUACGGUUUACCACCGAGACUCCUCCUGCAAGACUAGCCCAAGUAUUAUCAUUUCAUGCAGAAAGAGAAAAUUAUAUUUUAUUUAGAGGAACAAGGUGUAAAAAAUGGGAAUGUCAUGACGAGACAUAUUAUACAACAGAUGGUUUUGAAACAUCACCAAAACUUCUAGCUACUGAUACCGACAGUUGUUUAUGGGCUGUAUCUACAAAAGGUUUCGGUGCUCCCGAAAAGGCUAUAUUUUGUAAACAAUAUACCGGUUCUAAUGACGCUAUUCGUAAAUUUAGUGACUUCAAAUUGGUCAUGUUUGAAAAUUUUCUUGAGAGUACACCAACACCUGUGGAUUUUGAUACUGGCCAUGAUGUUUCGGGUGUUAUAGGCCUUGCUGCUAGACAAAAAUUUUUGAUAGUUGCCGUAAAAAAUCCCAACACUUUUGAUAUGGCAAUGUAUGUUACAAAUGAUGGGAAAAAGUGGAUCAAAGCGCUCUUCCCACUUAAUACUGGCUUUAAAGAAAACGCAUACACAAUUCUAGAAUCUCCAACAGACCAUUUGGUGGUAGACGUACUUUCUGAUGAAUCAACAACUGUUGGAACAUUAUUUUCCUCGAAUUCUGAUGGAAAUUAUUUUAUUAAUAGAUUGAAUCAUACAAAUAGAAAUAAAGAUGGUUCAGUUGAUUUUGAAAAGGUGCAAAGUGUUGGUGGUAUUUUUUUAGUAAACGUGGUUGAUAAUUAUAAAGAUGUAAAUCGUGAUAGUUAUAUAGCAAAACAAGUAAAAUCAAUGAUUUCGUUUGAGGAUGGCUCAACUUGGAAAUUUAUUAAACCACCUGAAAGAGAUUUUAGAGGCGAUAAAUUUCACUGUGAUAUAGGUGAAAAUGAAAAUUGGAAAACUGGCAAUUGCUCAUUACACCUCCAUUCAUUUACCUCACCUCAUAAUUAUGGUUAUGUCUAUUCUUCGGCUGCUGCUCCUGGUGUCUUAAUGGGUGUUGGAAAUGUUGGUCCUUAUCUAUUACCAUAUGAUCAAUGUGAUACUUUCUUAUCAUAUGAUGGUGGCUUAACUUGGAGCAUUGCAAGACCUGGUGCACAUAAAUAUGAAAUUGGUGAUUCUGGUGCACUGCUUGUUAUAGUGGAUGAUGAACAGCCAACUGAUCAUGUUUUGUAUAGUUAUAAUCGUGGUAAAACCUGGCAACAGCUCGAUCUUGGAAUGAAAGUACAUGCAAGAAUGCUUACAACAGAUCCAGAAUCAACAACUCAAAAAUUCAUACUUUUGGGAACAUUUGCUUCAGACCAUCAAGAUGGUGGCACGGCAAGGUUUAGGCAUUUUAUUUUCCAAUUGGAUUUUCAAAAUCUUUUUAGCCGUAAAUGUGAAAUGGGUAAUGGUAACGACUACGAGAAAUGGACCGCAAGAAAAUUAGAGAAUGGUCCUGAUUGUCUGAUGGGUCACACUUCUGAAUAUUAUCGUAAGAAGGAAGAUGCUGAUUGUUAUGUUGGUAGAAAAUACGAAGACCUCACCGUAGAAGAGAAGCCUUGUCCAUGUACUGACGAAGAUUACGAAUGUGAUUUUCAUUUUACUCUUGAUCCAGCAAGUAACACAUGUGUUCGCUCUGGACCACAUUACUUGAAACCUGAUGAGUGUAGGCCUGGAUCUGCUAGCCAAACAUAUGAAGAUUCGUCAGGAUAUCGGCUUAUUCCAGGAAAUACAUGUGACAGUUCUCUACCUAAUGCAAUAAAAAAGGAUGAAGCCGUAGUAAAAAGUUGUGAUAAAUCUGACGCCGUAUAUAUUCCUGGUGAGAUUUAUCAUAAAACCAUCAACCAAGAAUUUGAGUCAUCAUUUUUCUAUUUUCCUGAUUCGACUGUUAUCAUUGCUAAAACAACCACUGGUCAAGUCUUGAGAAGUGCUGAUGAGGGAUUAAAUUGGGCACCAAUUGAUAAACUUGGAAAAGUUACAUACAUGUAUCCACAUGAUUUAGAUACUAAACGAGCCUAUUUCUUUACAGAGGAUGAUAAACUAUAUUGGACUAAAGAUCUUGGUGAAACAAUCUCUCAAAUAGAAAACCUUCCUAUUAAGCCAAACAAGUUAGGACUUCAACUUCUUGAUUUCCAUCCUAAAGAAGCUGAUUGGUUGUUAUUUGUCGGUGGUACUGAUUGUCCAAGUCCAAAUUGCCACUCAGAAGCACAUUAUUCUCCUGAUAAUGGUGUAACAUGGAAACUGGUGGAGACUUGGGUUCAAAAAUGUUUAUUCGGAGAAGAUUUCAAAUUCAAUGAAAUCAAAAAGGAAUCUAUUGUUUGUACUUCGUACAAGGACAAAAAAUCAACAAUAUCACAAGAUAUAUUAGGCGGAAAAUCUACCGAAAGUAAUCCACUUCAACUCAUCAAAAAAGAUAGUCCAACAUCUUCAAGUGAAGUAAUUUUAAGUGACGUUUUGGAAUUUUUUGUUUUUGAUGAAUAUAUGGCUGUUGCAGUUGUAAUCCGUGGUCAAUUAUUCUUAUACAUGUCGAAAGACGGCGAAAAAUUUAACCAGGCUAAAUUCCCACCAAAUGUUAGGGUUGACAAGCAAGCAUAUACAAUCCUUCAAUCAACUACUGGUGCAGUUUUCCUUGAUUCCUAUAAAUCAAUUGAUGCUGGAUCAGAAUAUGGAACAUUAUUCAAAUCUAAUGGAGACGGUGAAUUGUUUUCUUUAAGUUUGGAUAACACAAAUCGUAACAGUCUUGGAAAUGUAGACUUUGAAAAGGUUCAAGGGAUUGAGGGCAUUAUAUUGGCAAAUCAAGUGGAAAAUACAAAUGAAUUAGGAACUGGUUCAAAGAAAAAGAUCAAGACACUGAUUAGUUUUAAUGAUGGAGCUACUUGGCAGCGUAUACGAGUUGAAAGUCCAGGAUGUCUUGAUCAAUGUUAUCUUAAUCUUCAUGGGCGCACAACUAUUCAUGGAGUUGGAAAUAUUUUUAGUGCACCAUCUGCUAUUGGAUUGUUAAUGGGUGUUGGUAAUAUCGGACCUAGCCUUUUGCCUUACACCGAGUGUAACACUUAUUUAAGUCGAGAUGGUGGAAGUACCUGGACAGAAGUAAGACGUGGUGAAAGUUUAUAUGAGUUUGGAGAUCAAGGAACAAUAAUGGUGAUAGUUGAUGAUGAAGCUCCAACUACUAAGAUAUUGUAUAGUUGGAAUUAUGGAAAAACUUGGUCAGAAUAUAAAUUCUCAAAUGUACCUGUUCGUGUAUCCCUUCUUACAACCAAUUCAAAAUCUUCGAGUAUGAAAUUUAUCUUGACUGGUCAUACUACUCCAACCUCAGCACGUCAAGCACAACCGGUUGUUGUCACUAUUGACUUUUCUCAAUUAGAAGAUAGAAAAUGUAUACUUGCCAAGGAUGGGUCAGACCAUGAUGAUUUUGAGCUGUGGUGGCCUACGAGUGGUUCUAAUGAAUGUAUACUAGGCUUAAAAACAAAAUAUUGGAGGCGUAAACCUGAUAAAAAAUGUAGAAUUGGUGACCUGGAAGGUCUUGUUCAUAAGAGUGAAGAAAAAUGUCAAUGUACUAAAGCUGAUUUCGAAUGCGCUUUCAAUUAUUGGCGUGAAGGUGAUAUUUGUAAAUUGUAUGGUCAUGACGAAGAGCGACCAUCUAAAUGUAUAGGCGAAUAUGAAGGAAAUAGUGGAUAUGUUAAAAUUUCGAAAUCACAAUGUGUAGGUGGAGUUGACUGGGCAAAGAAAAUUAAAAAGAAAUGUGAAAGCACAGAAAAUACUGAAAUAGCCACUUCAAUGACGACAUUUGAAUCAAUUAUCAUGGAUUAUAUCUAUUUUGGCAAUAAUGAGACUAUUGCUAUACGUACACUAAAUAACGAAGUUUGGAUAAGUUAUGACCAAGGAUUUAUAUGGAAAAUGCCCUCAUUUAUGGAAAAAGGCGUUAACAUCGUUGCAAUGUUCCAAAAUCCAUAUUUCAAAGAACGUGCAUAUUUUAUUACUUAUUCAAAAGAACAUUAUAUGACUAUUGAUUCUGGAGCCAAUUUCAUUAAACUUAGUGUUGAAAUGAAUCCUAACUUGCUUCAAAUACCUGUUCUUGAUUUCCAUCCUGUUAAACCGGACUGGUUAAUUUAUACAGGAAGUGUAGACUGUGAGUCUAUUCUUUCACCUAAUUGUCAUGCAGUUGCUUAUUAUACAACAACGAAUGGACAAUCUUGGACAGAGUUAAACAAAUAUGUGAAAGUUUGUACAUGGGCAAGAGAUGCUAAAUUUAAGACAUCGGACACAUUGAUAUUUUGUGAAUCAUAUCUUGAAAAAUCAGGUUCACAAUUCUCAUUUAUCAACAAUCCACUUCAACUUAUCUCUAGUACAGACUAUUUCAGAUCAGAAAAAAAUAAAUUAUUUGAUAACAUUAUUGGUCUUGCCACCUUUGAAGAAUAUAUGGUGCUUUUACCUUCAGGACAAAAUAUUCAUCUUUGGAUUUCUAUUGAUGAAUCUACCACACAUUCAAUCAUACUUCAUGUUACCACAUCAUCGUUAACGAAUAAUCAAUGGGGAAACAUUUUAAAAUCUAAUUAUAAUGGAACUUACUAUUCACUUUCAUUGGAACAUGUUAAUCGUGAUGUUCGUGGAUUUGUUGAUUUUGAGAAAAUGAGAGGAAUUGUUGGAAUUUCAAUGGCAAACAUUGUUGGUAAUGUUCAUGAAGUUAAUAUGGGCAAUAAUAAAAAAUUAAAAUCUAAAAUAACAUUUAAUGAUGGAAACACAUGGAGCUUUUUAAAUCCUCCUAAAGAAGAUGCAAACGGUCAAAAAUAUGAAUGCACUGAUUGUAAUUUGCAUCUUCACAGUUAUACAGAAAGAAGAGACCCUCGUGAUGCAUUCAGUAGUAGUACAGCUGUUGGAUUAAUGAUGGGUGUAGGAAAUGUUGGAGAUUAUUUAACCCCAUACUCGGAGGGUAACACUUACCUGACAAAUGAUGCAGGAUUCACAUGGAGAGAAGUUAAAAAAGGUGCUUAUAUGUAUGAAUUUGGAGAUCAAGGUGCAAUUAUAGUUAUAGUGGAUGAUAAGUCACCUACAGAUCAUGUAUUGUAUUCAUUUGAUGAAGGCCAAUCAUGGUCUGAAUUUAAAUUUUCAACCGAACUUGUCAGAGUACGUGAUAUUGCUACAGUACCUGGUGGAAUUAGUAGGAGGUUUAUCUUGAGAGGUAGCCCUCAAAAUAACUAUAACAAAGAAUUAUGGUAUCCUACUCACAUAGGAGGAUCAGAAAAAUGUUUGUUUGGUCGUGAGAGCGGAUAUCACCGUAGAAUAGUUAAAAAGAACUGUUAUAUUGGCGACGAACUUAUUCAACCUAAAACAAUUGAUAAGGAUUGUGUUUGCACCAUGCAUGACUUUGAAUGCGAUUACAAUUAUGUCCGUAAAAAUGGUAGUGAUAAAUGUGAAUUAUUCCCUGGUGCCCAGCCUUUGGCUGAAGAUCCAAAUGAUAUGUGUUCUAGUGGUAGUGAUCAUUAUUAUAAAUCAAUAGGGUAUAGAAAGGUUAAAAUGAGCUCAUGUAAAGGGGGUGAAGAAAAUUAUAUGGGUGAAAAAAUACCAUGUCCUGGACGAAUAGUUGGCUCAACAAGUUUCUGGGUAUUCUUUAUUAUUGUAAUAUUUAUUUCUGUAGGAAUCAUGACAGCAUAUUUAAUAUACAAAAAUGGUGGAGGUUCAAGAGGUCAUAUUCGUCUUGGAGAUACAUAUCACAGUUCUGGAUCAAUUUUAUCAACAAUCGAAGAUAUUUUUUACUCAAUCAGAAUGCCAAGAUCUGUUUCAAGAUUUUUCUCGAAACUUUCUAUACCAGGUUUUGGUUCUAGAUCUGCCAAUAGAUAUAAUUAUAGUCCAGUUUCUCAAGAUGAAUCACAUCAAGUUUCAUUAGAAGAUUAUGAUAAUGAUAAUUAA